AUGCUCACCCUACCGAAGCUGACGAAGGGUGGAGUGCCCUGGAUGAGGGCCCUGAUGAAACAGACUGCUGGUGAUAAACUAUGCUGGGGAGAUAUACAUGCCGCCCUGAUCAAAGCCGCAGAUGAAACAGUCGCAGAAAGAAUUGAAGCUGCAGUUGGAAGGAAGAUCAGAAUACCACUACGGAAGACUGCUGCCAUUCAGAUGUUCCGUGAAACAUUGGAGGAAGAACUGAAGACGAGAUAUCCAUGCACUCUGACGGAUGAACUCAUGUCCCUGCAGAUGAAAAAUGAUGAAGACUACUACAGCUACAAACAACGAGCUAAAACUCUAUAUCAUGAUGCUACAGUCCCCUUCCUGUCCCCGUCUCCCCUUCCGUUCCGCUUCCGCUUUCCCGUCCGCCUGCCCGUUCCCCUCCGUAUCUCACUUCCCGUCCCUCCUUUCCCGUCCUCCUUCCCGUGUGCACCGUCCCGCCCGGCCCGUCCUCCUUCCCGUCCCACUUGUCCCUACCAUUCCCCCCCGUCUCUCCUGCUUGCUCCUUUCUCCCGGCCCUCCCUCCCGAUCCCUCGUCCGUCUCCUUUUCCCGUCCCCUCCUGCCCGACCCUACCUUUCCGCCCGUCUCCCUUCCCGUCACCUGCCCGUCCACUUCCCGUCCCCUACCCGUCCCCCUACUUACCACGGGACCCCUCCUUCCCGGCAUCCCUCCCUUCCCGUCCCCUCCCUGCCCCCCGUCCCUCCCUCCUUCACACCCGUCCAUCCUUCCCGUCACCUUCCUGUCUCCUUCCCCGUCCCUCCCCUUCCCUCCCACCUUCUCCCUGUCCCUCCUCUCCCCCAUCCUUCCCGUCCCUCCUAUCCCCCCCCGUCCCUCUCCUUCCCAGUCACCUUUCCGUCCCUCCUCUUUCGCAUUUCCCCAGUCCCCUCCUUCUCCCCGUCCUCUCCUUCCCCCCGUCCCUCCUGUCCCCGUCUCCUUUACCCCCGUCCCUCCUCUCCCUGACCCUCCUUGAGAUUCCCGUCCCUCCACCCCACCUGCCUGUCCCGUCUCCCCUUCCCGUCCCUGCCUUUCUCCCAUUCUCUUCCUUCCCUGCCCUCCUUCCCCACCCUCUUGUCCCGGUCUCUCGCCUUCUCCCUCCCGGCACCCCUUCCCCGUCCCUCCUUGACCGUGCUCCCUCCUCCUUCACAUCCUCUCCUCUUCCCUCGUUUGGUCUCUCCCUACACUUCUCCUCUCCUUUCCUUUCCCUCUCCCUUACACCACCUUCCCGUCCCUCCCUUUCGCCCGCCCUUUUCCCCCCUCUCUUCCUUCCACCUAUCCCCCGUCCCCUCCCUUCCCGUCCCUCCUUCACACCCUCCCUCCUGACCUUUAAUCCUUAUCCCGCUCCACUCUCCCCCUUUCCCCGUACUCCUUCACCAUCACCCUCCCGUCCUUGGUCCUCCUCUUCGUCCCCCGUCCCCUCCAUUUCCCUUCCCCGGUUCCCCUCCUUCCCCCCCCCUCACACCUCUCCUCCGCUCUCUCCCCGUCCUCUUCCCCUCCUCUCCCCUCCCUCCUCCUUCCCGUCUCUCCUCCUUCUAUCCCCUCUCCUCCCUCCUUCCUCCACGUCUCUCCCCGUCUCCGCCCUUCCCCUCCCCGUCUCUUCCCCCGCUCUCUCCCCCUCUUCUCCCCCGUCCCUGUCACCGUCUCUCUCCUCUCCCCGCCCCUCCCCUUCCCCGUCUCCUCCCUCCCUCCCGGUCCCUCCUCCCGUUCCCCUCUCCGUCUCAUCCCUCGCCCCCGUCUCCCCCCUUCCUCUUUCCCGUCGCCUUCCCCUCCCUCCCACCCAUCUCCUCCCCGAUCCCUCCCCCUUCUCCACUCCCGUCCUGUCCUCCCUCCCCGUCCCUCCUUCCCUCUCCCUCUCCCCCGUCUCUCCCCUCGUUCCCAACCCCCUCAUCUUCUGCCCCCACAGACGCCUCUCCACAGACACACGCCUCUCCACAGACAAACACCUCUCCACAGACACACGCCUCUCCACAGACACACGCCUCUCCACAGACAGACGCCUCUCCACAGACAGACGCCUCUCCACAGACAGACGCCUCUCCACAGACAGACGCCUCUCCACAGACACACGCCUCUCCACAGACAGACGCCUCUCCACAGACAGACGCCUCUCCACAGACACACGCCUCUCCACAGACAGACGCCUCCCCACAGACACACGCCUCUCCACAGACACACGCCUCUCCACAGACACACGCCUCUCCACAGACAGACGCCUCUCCACAGACACACGCCUCUCCACAGACAGACGCCUCUCCACAGACACACGCCUCUCCACAGACAGACGCCUCUCCACAGACACACGCCUCUCCACAGACACACGCCUCUCCACAGACAGACGCCUCUCCACAGACACACGCCUCUCCACAGACAGACGCCUCUCCACAGACAGACGACUCUCCACAGACAGACGCCUCUCCACAGACACACGCCUCUCCACAGACAGAUGCCUCUCCACAGACAGACGCCUCUCCACAGACACACGCCUCUCCACAGACAGACGCCUCUCCACAGACAGACGCCUCUCCACAGACAGAUGCCUCUCCACAGACACACGCCUCUCCACAGACACACGCCUCUCCACAGACAGACGCCUCUCCAGACAGACGCCAAUCCACAGACAGACGCCUCUCCACAGACACACGCCUCUCCACAGACGGAUGCCUCUCCACAGACACACGCCUCUCCACAGACACACGCCUCUCCACAGACAGACGCCUCUCCACAGACAGACGCCUCUCCACAGACACACGCCUCUCCACAGACAGACGCCUCUCCACAGACAGACGACUCUCCACAGACAGACGCCUCUCCACAGACACACGCCUCUCCACAGACAGAUGCCUCUCCACAGACAGACGCCUCUCCACAGACACACGCCUCUCCACAGACAGACGCCUCUCCACAGACAGACGCCUCUCCACAGACAGAUGCCUCUCCACAGACACACGCCUCUCCACAGACACACGCCUCUCCACAGACAGACGCCUCUCCAGACAGACGCCAAUCCACAGACAGACGCCUCUCCACAGACACACGCCUCUCCACAGACAGAUGCCUCUCCACAGACACACGCCUCUCCACAGACACACGCCUCUCCACAGACAGACGCCUCUCCACAGACAGACGCCUCUCCACAGACAGACGACAGAUUGGCAGCGGAAAUUGGAGCCAAUUCAACAAAAAACGAUAUGAAAAAGAUGAACACGACGUCUUCAGUGGCGUCUAAGCUUCACCUGUUUAAGAAAUAUGAGGUUUUCUCUCUGCAAUUUGAGCUCAGUGCCAUUGCCUCUGAUCUGACUCCACCUCAGAGUCUCUCCUCUCAAAAGCUCAGCGUCUCUCCUCUCGACAGCUCAGUCUCUCCUCUCGACAGCUCAGAGUCUCUCCUCUCGACAGCUCAGAGUCUCUCCUCUCGACAGCUCUCAGAGUCUCUCCUCUCGACAGCUCAGAGUCUCUCCUCUCGACAGCUCAGCGUCUCUCCUCUAGACAGCUCAGAGUCUCUCCUCUCGACAGCUCAGAGUCUCUCCUCUCGACAACUCAGAGUCUCUCCUCUCGACAGCUCUCAGAGUCUCUCUCCUCUCGACAGCUCAGAGUCUCUCCUCUCGACAGCUCAGAGUCUCUCCUCUCGACAGCUCAGAGUCUCUCCUCUCGACAGCUCAGAGUCUCUCCUCUCGACAGCUCAGAGUCUCUCCUCUCGACAGCUCAGAGUCUCUCCUCUCGACAGCUCAGAGUCUCUCCUCUCGACAGCUCAGCGUCUCUCCUCUCGACAGCUCAGAGUCUCUCCUCUCGACAGCUCAGAGUCUCUCCCCUCGAAAGCUCAGCGUCUCUCCUCUCGACAGCUCAGAGUCUCUCCUCUCGACAGCUCAGAGUCUCUCCUCUCGACAGCUCAGAGUCUCUCCUCUCGACAGCUCAGCGUCUCUCCUCUCGACAGCUCAGCGUCUCUCCUCUCGACAGCUCAGAGUCUCUCCGCUCGACAGCUCAGAGUCUCUCCUCUCGACAGCUCAGAGUCUCUCCUCUCGACAGCUCAGAGUCUCUCCCCUCGACAGCUCAGAGUCUCUCCUCUCGACAGCUCAGAGUCUCUCCUCUCAACAGCUCAGAGUCUCUCCUCUCGACAGCUCAGAGUCUCUCCUCUCGACAGCUCAGAGUCUCUCCUCUCGACAGCUCAGAGUCUCUCCCCUCGACAGCUCAGAGUCUCUCCUCUCGACAGCUCAGAGUCUCUCCUCUCGACAGCUCAGAGUCUCUCCCCUCGACAGCUCAGAGUCUCUCCUCUCAACAGCUCAGAGUCUCUCCUCUCGACAGCUCUCAGAGUCUCUCCUCUCGACAGCUCAGAGUCUCUCCUCUCGACAGCUCAGAGUCUCUCCUCUCGACAGCUCAGAGUCUCUCCUCUCGACAGCUCAGAGUCUCUCCUCUCGACAGCUCAGAGUCUCUCCUCUCGACAGCUCAGAGUCUCUCCUCUCGACAGCUCAGUCUCUCCUCUCGACAGCUCUCAGAGUCUCUCCUCUCGACAGCUCUCAGAGUCUCUCCUCUCGACAGCUCUCAGAGUCUCUCCUCUCGACAGCUCAGAGUCUCUCCUCUCGACAGCUCAGAGUCUCUCCUCUCGACAGCUCUCAGAUUCAGAUUCAGAGUCAGCGACGGUUCCAUAA